UAAAUAGGGUUAUACCAGAUAAGCAAAAACAGAUUUUCUUAGUGGGACCAAUGAAGCAUGGCCUAUAUACAUUAUAUACUCGGACGCGCAUGCAUACACAGCACAUGUACAUGUGUAGUGAUUACACACGUUUCACAUUGACGGAUACAGCUAGGCAAAUGGCAGACAACGAUCCCAAUGCCGAGUUAAAAUUCCCUACCUCAACCAAAGGGGAAUUCGUCAGAACAAAAUCAGUCUUCCGGGAUUGGAUAACGGCGGAUGGAUCGUCUGCGUAUAAGUCGGAGUCCGGGCGGUAUCAUCUGUAUGCCAGCCUAGCCUGUCCCUGGGCUCACCGUGCCCUGGCCGUUAGGAAACUCAAGGGAUUGGAACAGGCCAUCUCUUAUGACGUUGUAGAUUGGUUCCUGGAUGGACAAGGAUGGUCUUUCACAGACAAAAAAGCUGAUUGUACUUUUGACACUGUCAACGGUUGUUCACGAUUGCGGGAGGUUUACCAAAUAGCUAACCCAGAUUAUGAUGGCCGUAUCACCGUCCCCGUCCUGUGGGAUAAACAACAGAAAACUAUUGUAAACAACGAGUCGAGCGAGAUUAUCUGGAUGUUUAACUCAGAAUUCAAUGGUUGCUGUUCUACCGCGGAACAGCGGAUGUUAGAUUUUUAUCCCGAAACCCUUCGGAAGGACAUCGAUGGAGUUAUCCGUAGGUACAAUAUAAUGAUCAACAAUGGUGUGUACAGAAGCGGUUUUGCAACAAGUCAAGAAGCCUAUGAUGCAGCUGUACGUGAAGUAUUCGAGGGUCUUGACAAGGUACAACAUAUUCUGUCCAAAACCCGCUAUCUAACAGGGAGUAAUCUAACCGAAGCAGAUAUCCGUCUAUUCACAACGCUGAUACGGUUUGAUUUGGUUUACGUAGGACAUUUUAAGUGUAACAAGCGGAUCAUUGACUACCCUAACAUGUGGGGAUACCUGAGGGAAUUGUGCCAGAUCCCAGGGGUGGCUGAUACCGUGAACCUUGAACACGUCACUAAACACUACAUGGCAAGCCACGCUAUGAUCAACCCGACAAGGAUUGUAUCCAUUGGACCAGAUAUCGACUUCACUACUCCACAUGGCAGGGAGGCCAUGCAGAAAACAUGAGUUGUUCAUUUGUUUGCAGAUUCAGAGAUGAAAAUGGAAAAUCUUAAGAAAGGCAGAAAUUCAUUUCUUUAGUGGAAUUAACCAUUUUUUGCGAGCCAAAAAGGCUGAAAUCAGCCAAUUGGCUAAAGAUUUUCGUCUCUGUGAUUUAAAAAAAAAAUCGUCUUUCAACAUAAUUAACACUCCAUAUGGCAGCUAGAGAGGUCAUGUUAAGAAACUUAAAACGGAAGGUAUACAUUGGUUUCCAACUCUAUUUAUUUCACCAUUCCAGAGCAUCGUUGGCCCCCACAGAAUCCUUUCUUCUAUUGACGCGUUUGACCUGUGUUGGAGGGCCAGCUUAAAAAUUGUCGAUUUGACGUGAAAAUUUCUAUUUAUAUCGAUCAUUCAAAAUGUUUUGAAUUCAAAAAGACUCUACUUCAUUGGAGAAUUGACAAUCCAAAUUCAUAUGGCCGUGGCCAUGUGUCGGCAUUGUUUUGUAUCUGCAACAUUACCAAAAAAAACCAAGGGCACAUAUAACGGCAGGUCGGAUUGGUCAUGUUUACCGAAAAUACUCAACGGAACUAUUUAGAUAAUGAACACGAGACUCUUUGUCCAACUUCCCCAGUAGGAUCGAUCGGAUCUAUAUGAAUGCAGAUCACCGAUGUCUGACGGUGACUGCGGCUGGACCAUGUUAACAACUUACAACAGCUAUCAUCUUUUGUUCACAUGUUAAAAUGCCAACGAAACGGUCAACGAAACAGAAUUAUUAGUUUAUCGUUACUUGAAAGCAUUGGAGUAAGACAAAACAUAAAUCUUAUGAAAACUUUUUCAUCUCUUGCCGUUAAUCUAAUAGAGAUUCAUUCGAAUAUAGUAGUUAUUGUAACAGCUUCAUUACUUAUCAAUCAAAAUACUUCUCUCUUGAACUUAGGAAGCAUUUUUGCAGUGCAUAAUAUACCUGUAGUCAUAUAGAAUUUCAUAUCCAUUUUGUAAUUUUACAUAAUAAGGGUUUCUCAUUUGUGAUACUAACGUAUAAGUGUAAGGAAAUAUGCUCAUCCUUAUCAUUGUGAUAAUGAAAAUAAGAAACGCAAUAAGUUGUAUUUCUUUUGAUGUACAUGUACUUAAUAAAAACAAUAAUCACUC